AUGAUGUACCUGGCUCACACAGCGCACUGGCAGUUCCUGGGCCUGGUGGGAGGAGUUGUGGCGUGGAUCCUGACGAUGGUCACAGCCGGCCUCAAUGAUUGGAGGCUUUGGUAUGUGUCUGACACGUCCGUUAUCACCUCAGGUCUGGCCUGGGUGGGCAUCUGGAGGGCGUGUUUCUACAGCCACACCCUCGACCAGAUGGAGUUCUGUCACACCAUCAGCAUUGGGGAUGGCUUUGUGCCGGUGGAGAUCUCUGUGGCCCAGGUUCUGAUGGUGGUGGCCAUGAUCUGCGGCCUGGCCGGGAGCAUCAGUGCAGCUUUGGCCAUGAGGAUGGCCUACUUCUCUGUGGAGAGUCGUGAUCACAUCAGAGAGCUCUUUCUGGCGGCAGGGUCUCUGUACGUGCUCACAGGGCUGAGCUCCCUGGUGCCGCUGCUGUGGAACAUGAGCUCUGUGCUGAGCAACAGCUCCAUAGACUUCCCUGCAGACUUCUUCCUCCCUGCAGCCCCCACCAGUCAGCAAAUAGGAGCAGCCAUUGGAGUGGGGAUUUUUGCCUCCGUUAUGAUCAUCAUCGUUGGGCUACUGUUCCUCUGCUACCGAUACACCAGGCGGCCCCUGAGCACUGAAGCACAGCAUGUCAGAGACCCUCUGCACGGUCCUUGGACAGUGACGACCUUGUCAUCAUCAGGAUCGCCAAACAGGGCCAAUGAAGAUCACCAAGGCAGGGAUAAUCCUGGAUUCCACACUGGAGAGGCCUUGUGAGAGCAAGGUAUGGCCUCAGAAAAACUUUCAUGCAUUAAAAUAUA